CUCAAGUCUUUGCCGACUGAACGAUAUUUCAACUUUAAGUGAUCAAAAAUGCUUAGUGCCGUAGUGGUAGGUCCUAAAGGUUUACAUAAAGCCACUUUAAUUUUUGCGCACGGUUUGGGAGAUUCUGGUUAUGGCUGGUCGCGUACUUUUGAACAACUGAAUCUUAGCGGCAUUAAAUAUGUUUUUCCUAAUGCGCCCUCUAUACCUGUUACCUUAAAUAAUAAUAUGAUUAUGACGGCUUGGUACGAUAUCUAUCAGUUAAGUGAAGAAGCAAAAGAAGAUGAAGAAGGGGUGAAGAGAAGCGCCAGAGAGAUUCAUAAACUUAUAGAUCAUGAAGUGGAAACUGGACUUGCUUCUAACAACAUUUUUAUUGGAGGUUUCUCGCAGGGGGCAGCAGUUUCUUUGUAUGCUGGAAUUACCUACCCCGGUAAUCUUGCCGGUCUUAUAGCUCUUAGUUCGUACUUUCCCCUUCGGCGCCAGUUUACCUCUUUUUCUGUUUCAAAUAAAGGCGUUAAAAUUUUUCAGGCGCACGGAAAGUACGACGACAUUGUGAGUUACGAAUGGGGAAAAAAAAGUUAUGAAUACCUAAAGAGUCUUAACUUACCAGUAACUUUUAAGACUUAUGAGAAUUUGGGACAUCACUCUUCUGCAGAGGAAAUGGCUGACAUAAAAUGUUUUAUCCAAAAUCUUAUUAACAACUUUUAGAGUUGUCUUUUCGCCCUAUAUAAUUAACUCCUUGUUA